AUGGCAGAUUGGAACCUGCUGGGAAAGCUCCUGGAGAAGGCCCAGGAGCAUUCCACCGUGGUUGGCAAAGUCUGGCUGACCGUCCUCUUCAUCUUUCGCAUCCUGGUGCUAGGAGCCGCCGCCGAAAAGGUGUGGGGCGAUGAACUGUCGGGCUUCACCUGCGACACCAAGCAGCCCGGUUGCCAGAACGUCUGCUACGACAAGACCUUCCCCAUCUCGCACAUCCGCUUCUGGGUGCUGCAGAUCAUCUUCAUCUCCACGCCCACCCUCAUCUACCUGGGCCACAUCCUACACCUGGUGCGCAUGGAGGAGAAGCACAAGCAGCGGGAGAAGGAGAUGGCGCAGUUGGCGCAACAUGGGCACGCCCUGCUGCCCGAGGGCAAGGCCAAGAAGGCCUCCGUCCGGGACGAGCAGGGCCGAAUCCAGCUGCGGGGGGUGCUCCUGCGCACCUACGUGUUCAACAUCAUCUUCAAGACCCUGUUCGAGGUGGCCUUCAUCGUGGGGCAGUACUUCCUGUACGGCUUCGAGCUCAAGCCGCUCUACACCUGCGACCGGCCGCCGUGCCCCAACGUGGUGAACUGCUACAUCUCGCGGCCCACGGAGAAGACCAUCUUCAUCUUGUUCAUGCUGGCGGUGGCCUGCGUCUCGCUGCUGCUCAACUUGGUGGAGAUGUACCACCUGGGGUUCAAAAAGUGCCGGGAGGGGAUCAGGUACCGGAGGGCGCAGCUCGCGUCCGAGGCGGGCUCCAAGGCACCCAGCGAGGCCGCCGUGCCGUUCGUACCCAGCUACAACUACUUCCCCCAGCACCAUCCUGGCCACGCCAUGUACCAGCCCAGCCCUAGCUACAACCUCUCCCCUCUCAAUGAGCCCGACUCCACGUGUCACCCUUACAGCAGUAAGGCGGUGUCCAAGCAGAACCGGGACAACUUCGCCGUGGAGAGGAACGGCAAGCCAGAGGAGAGCGACUCAAAACCCACAAAGGGGUCAAGCUCGACGCCGGGUUCGACCCCGGGUUCAACUCCAGGUUCCCCGGCCGAGAAACAGCGAAGGCCCAGCCGGUCAAGCAGGCAUAGCAACAACAGGACCAGAGUAGAUGAUCUGAGGAUCUGAGAGCUGGAGUUUCACCAAG